AUGAAGAAGACUGAGGAAGCUUCACAAACCAAAACUUCUGGAAGAGAUACCAAGCAGGAUCUUUGCAGAAUGGAGAAGAUUUGAUGAAGCUUCAAAGAACAGAACCUCAGACAGUGACGUCUAGACAUCUGGCAGGAUCUUCAUGGGCUGAUAUGUUGGCUGAAUAGUGGUACAGAUAGAACUGUUAAAGAAACUGCAUCGUUCCACUUUUGAAAUCAGUAUGGCAUUGCAAAAAGGAGUAUAUAGUGAUAUGCCACAAGGGGCAAUACACUUAAGUGAAAAAGAGGCAAGAGAGUACCAGUUUAGAGUCAUAUAUGGAUGGAAACCAGAAAGAGAUGUGUGGCCAUUUCACUAUGGUUAUGCAAUUCUAGGUUCUUGCAGUGCAUUGUCAGGCGUGUACAUCAAUGGCCAUUUCAGAAAUAGAUUGAGACUUCACUCUUAUGGCAGGCUGUCCAGUUAUCUUCCUAUUGUAGUACUUCCUACAAUUAUGACAGCAUUAUUUCAUCAAGAGGCAGUGUCUUCUGAUAUUAUACUACAGAAGACAGUCUGUCCAUUGUGCAUUGAGUUACGUGCUACAGCCCUCCAAGUUGGCUUUUCUGUAAUAUAUCCAUCGUUGUUAAGUCCACUGGCAGGUUUUGCUCUAGCAUCAUAUUACAACUCAUACAAAUUGCCACUGUUUUCGGAAGAUCCCAAAGGAGUGUUUGCUGUAUGGAGAAAAUUAAUUAAACCUAUUGGUAGUACUCUGUUUUCAAUUGCUGUUGCUCAAAGUUUAAUAGCAGUGUGGAUUACUUACUGUGAAGCCAAGUCCUACUAUAAGGUACAGGCAAAAUUGAACAUGGAAAAAGAUGAGCUGCACAAUACAUUGUGAAACAAUGUAAUUUAAAUGGACUAUAGAAUUAGAAUAUUAUUUUAUAAAGUGAAAAUACAGUACAGUAUCCUGCAUACAUGAGAAGUAUUAAAUAUGAGAAACUAUAUGUAUUGCAUUAUACUGAAAUAAGAUAUAUUCAUAACCUAUUUGAGACAAAUAUUUGAAGUGUGUGCUUAUGAUGGGAAUGAUGUUUGUAUAAUGUGAUGCGACAUACUUCAUUUACAAUUUGAGACGGUAAUCCAUUUGUUUCCUAUUCCUUAAAUCCUGCUGUUCCUUCUAUCAUUCAGUAUUCCAUAAUUUUCGUAUUUUGGUGCAACACACUGGUAAAAAUGACAGAUGUACAUAAAGAGGACCUGGUAAAUAGGUUAAGUUGAUAGUCAUUUACAAAUUAUAUGAAAAAAUAUUUUGGCAUAUGAGAUUUCAAAGUAUGCAAAGUAUUAGAAGGAACAAGACAGUGUAAGCUGUUAAUCCACAUACUUCCUUCUAUGCUUUCUACAUUUCUAGAAGCUCAUGAGAUUUUGUAUAGAGUAAUAAGGGAUAUAUGAGCUUCUGAUAAUUAUAAGCAAUAUAUCACAAAAAGAAAGCCUGCACUUAUUAUCCGUAUCAACUAACCACAACUGUAAGCUUAAUUAACAGAAUUAAACCAUCACUUGCUGGCAUUUCUUUCUUUAACUAGAAAAAUAUAUUCAUAAACAGAACAUACAGGGAAAAAAAGUUCCAUUUGCUGUGGAUAAGACAAGUGAAAUUGACAGUGAUUUCUCACACCUCACAUAUUUGUUAUAUCUUACCUGAAGUUGCUAGACACAGUUUGACUCAACCACUCCAACAGAAAGGAAGUAAUAAAUUAAUGUACAACUGGCA